UAUGUCAAUUCCCGCACCCCUGACCAGGUUUGUGACAUUCCUCAAUACCUCCUCGCACGAGCAAGGGCCCUAUUGUGGCACUUAUGAUAGGCUGGCUGAACAGGUUUGCCACUGGCAGGCAAGGGAUCCGGCCAGACCAGCCAACAGUAUGGAUACUGGUAACUGCAGCCCUGAAAGAGUCGCUGGUAUGUCGUGAUGAGGCUUCACAUGAGGUGGUGGGGAGAAGCGUUGAGCGAUUUUGGCUCGAUGCCUGAGGAGCCACGGUCUUCGAAGACUAUUUGAAGGCACACGGCCGGGCAAUUGACCGACAACUAUUCUUCUCCAGCAAGUCUGUGACAAUUAUGCCUGUGGCUUUUCUUUCAGUCGAUACCAUGUCUCCGUCAUUCCUCAUCUCCGAAAUCCCGGAGGAUGUGUGCCAUGCUGGCCUUGGGCUCGCCGGCCUUCUCCAACAGCAGGCCACGGUUCGCGGCACCGCCAUUGCCAUCGAAGAGGGCCACCAUGAACUGACAUAUGGCGACCUCCACGACAAGGCGCUCUUUAUUGCCAACCAGAUCGAUAGCCUAAAUCACGCAGACCUCUCACCCGUGGGCAUCAUUAUCCCACGAAGCAUGAACCAUGUGUUGUCUCAGGCGGGUGUGGUCUACGCAGGACGGGCCUGUGUUCCGCUAGACAGCAAGCUCCCGGACGAGAUGUUGACGGACAUGCUGCACAACCUGGGAUCGACGCUCGUCAUCACAGAUAUGGUUCAGCAACAUCGACUGCCUCGAUUCAAGCACCUCGUUGUCGACCACCGUGCUAUCCCGGAUGACUUUGAUGCGAAAAUUUCUCCUAGUCAAAACGGGCCGCAGACGUGCUCUCAUGUUUUCCACACCUCCGGGACGACAGGCAAGCCAAAAGCGGUCGAAGCAUUUGCCGAGGGCAUGAUUAAUCUUGUUCUCGAUCCAGCGGAGCUUAUUCGAAAAGGACAGCGCGUCGGUCACGGGUCCAAUGUCAUCUUUGAUACCUCCCUGGUGGAGAUCUGGGGUUCAUUACUGCGCGGCGCCACAAUGGUGGUAGUUCCAGUGGAGACAGUCCUUGACCCAACCGCUCUCAGCAUUUUUGUCAAGGAGAAGGAACUCAACGUACUGCAACUCACGACAUCCCUCCUCACAGUCACGGCAUACGCCUGCCCUGACGCGUUCUCCACACUCGACACCUUGAUAACUGGUGGAGAGGCAAUCAACUGCCAAACUAUUCAAUCCAUCUUUGACGCCGGGGCACCAGGCCGAAUAAUCAACGGAUACGGACCGACGGAGGCUAGUGUGUAUGUGUUAUGGCACGAGGUUUCAGAAGAGGAAGCCUGCAGAGGGGAGAUUCCCGUGGGAAAGCCGUUCGGGAAUGUAGAAGUGUUCCUUGUUGAUGACACUCUGGGUCCCGUCCAGCCAGGAGAGGUGGGUGAACUAUUGGUGUCUGGUGUCGGCGUUGCUGGAGGCUACAUUGGAGACCCUGAAAAGACGGCCAAGAGCUUUCUGUUCAUGCCACAAAUGCGCAGGACAGUGGAUCGCGGACCGAAGCACAUGUACCGAACCGGGGACUUGAUGCGGGUGGACAACAACGGCAUCUACUACUACCUCGGACGAAAAGACAACCAGAUCAAGAUCCGCGGCCAGAGAGUGGAGCUGGAGGCGUUGGAGGCAGCCCUCGUCGGCACUGGCCUGGUCAGUGCGGCCGUGGUGGUCAAGAUCACUCCGGAGGAGGUCGAUCGGGGCCAGUUCCUACUUGCCUACUGCAUUCCAUCCUCGCCAGAUGUGGCAGAAGGCGCCAUCAUGAAAACAUACAUGGAGCAGGCUCCACACUUGAUGGUUCCCCGUCUGGAAUUGAUCGAUGUCCUACCCCUUCGAUCUACCGGCAAGGCCGACCGGAAGGCUCUGGAGGAACAUUACCAUGAAAAGCUCAAGCGAUCGCGGGCUAAUGGAAUGAAUGGGAAUGUCAAUGCUGGGAGGGUUGCCGCCAAGCUGGAAUAUAUCUGGGUCGACGUGUUCGGUCUCCCCCUGGAGCAUUUACGCCCAACGGACGACUUUGUGGCCAUGGGAGGGACCUCCUUGAUUGCAGCCACGAUGAUUGCCCGGAUCAACCAAACAUUUGGGAUCUCGCUACGAGCCCAGAUGCUGUAUGAGAAUACCAGCUUCGAGAAGCUGACUCAGCUGGUCACCAACAUUCAAGUCAAUGGCGACGACUCCACGAUCCAGGCCGAACAAGAGGUCUGGCUGCAAGACUCGAGAUUAGCCGAGCAUCUACGGCCUAUUGGGGGCGUUGUCCCCCAUUGGCAAGAUAAGCAUGAGGGACGGAUCUUCUUGACGGGGGCUACGGGCUUCGUUGGAGUAUUUCUCCUGGCCACUCUGGUCAAACGGCCGGACGUGAAAAAGGUGGCCUGUCUAGUCCGAGCCGACGAUGAACCCUCAGCCCGACGUCGGCUGGAGAGGUGCCUGGAGAAAUACUGUCUCUACGCCAACAUGGACAAGGUGGUCGCCGUUCCAGGCAACUUUGGACAGCCCAAGCUGGGUCUAUCCCCUGAGCAAUACGACUACUUUGCCACCUGGUCUAGCGUGAUUUUCCAUCUGGGAGCCAAAGUCAGCUACGUGGCCCCAUAUUCCUCCCACCGGCAGGAGAACACCAUUGGAACAUUGAACAUGCUCGAGUUUUCCACGCAUUGUCGAACCAAGGCCAUGCACUACUCCUCGACGAUAGCCGCGUACGGGCCAACCGGACAUGUCACGGGCGCAAAGCUGCUCCUGGAGGACGAGCGACCGGCUCCUCAUCUUGCUGCCCUGCCCCACGAUACGGGAUAUGCUCAAAGUCAGUAUGUGGCUGAGGCAAUUGUCUGGAAUGCGAUCGAUAAUGGCUUUCCCGUGGCCAUCUACCGCCCCGGAUUCGUCCUCGGCCACAGCAAGUCGGGCAUCUGUAACCCCGACGACUUUAUCUCCCGACUGUUCACCAGCUGCAUGGAUAUGGGGCUGUACCCUGUUCUGCCUGACCAGCGAAAGGAAUUCAUCCCGGUGGACUUUGUAGUGGAUGCCAUGUUGCACGUCUCCAUGUCCCACGACAACCUGGGGCACGGAUACAACCUGGUGCAGCCGGACCUGGACAAUGCCAUUGACAUCAACACCAGUUUCGACCUGCUGAAUCAGAUGUCUCCAUACCAGAUGGAGGGGGUGCCGUAUGAGGAAUGGGUGAACUCGCUAUCCGAACGACUGGAUGAUCCUCUCCACCCGCUCACCCCCAUGUUGCGAGAGAAGGUGUUUGGCGACAAGACCCGCUGGGAGGUCUACGAGAACAUGGCCGAGUACGGACGAGAGAACAUCCGACGGGCUUUGCAGGAUGCACCAGAGAUUCUCAAUCGAGAGCCUAUCGGGGUAUUGUUCCAAAGGUCGCUGAAGAGCUGGCUGCCGUGUCUUGUAUCGCCCAAGCCGGUGAGCAUCCGGUCGAGUACAGCUUGCUCAGAGACGGCUUCCAAUGACAACACACAAUAAGCAGACCAGGAACAACGCAUGUGAUGAAGACCACAAUUACGAACGAAGCACACGAAGACCACACCAAGAAAACAACAGUAAAGAAGGAAC